AUGGACAAGCAUUGUGAAAUGGUCAGUCACAGCGGUUCUGCAGACCAAACCCAGUUUUCUGAAAUUGCUUUCGACCCCUUGUGCGAUUUCAACCAAGAGAUUGUCAACGAAAUGCAUGGAGAAGUUGUACUCCGAUCUGUGACAGAUGUCUUUGUCAACCAUGCCAAUAUGAAAUGGACCCGUACCUCGGUCGGAAACCCAGCAGUCACGAACCUCUUAAGUCUCAAAAGUUUCCUGCCAACCGAAGUCAACGAGGCCACAACCAAGACAAUUGUUGCACAGAAGCCAAAGACGAAUCUGCUGGAGAAGGUGAACAAGCUCUUCUCCUUGGUUUUCUCGGAAAACCAGACUGCUGCUGCUGCUGCCAGGGAAACGGGCAUCAAUGUCCAGACUACCCAGAACUAUAUCAGACUGACCAGAGAGAAGAUCCAGGCCGAUUUUGAUGCUGUCACAGUGGAGACUGAUGAGUCCAAUGGGCUGAAGAUGAUGGAGGUUGAGGAGGUUUCUGCGCCUAAAGAACGAAAACAUGGCAACCAAAAAUGCUACCUUGGAACAAGCAAGAUAGCUGUCAUGGAAGAGUUCUCUGGGCUGCAGAUUACCAAAUCAGCAAUCCAGAAGCACUUGGUGAAGAAGUGUGCCCUGACAAUGAAGGAGUUGGAGAAGCUGCCUGAGAAGAGAGACGAUGUUAGCACAAUUGAGAUGAGACAAGACCGCAUUUUGAAGUGGCAACAACUUGCAGAUUUCAACUAUCUGUCAAACUGUGUGUUUAUUGAGGAAGCAGGCUUCAAUAUGCAUAUCAAGAGAACUUUUGGCCGUUCUGUCAGUGGCACCCCGGCUAAGACAACUGUCCCAACGCAGAGAGGUGUGUCCAUCACCAUACUUGGUGCAAUGUGCGAGAGAGGGAUUGUCAGCCUCUCGUUGAAGAAACCCACUGCAGUCGCAACCAAGAAGAAGAGAAAGUUGAACAUCUACACCAACGUUGAGGUGAAUGGCCGAAUUGGCACCAGAACCCAGCACUACCUCAACUUUCUUAGUCAUACAAUGGACAGAGCGAAAGCUUUAAGUAUGUCUUUUAUGUCUAUUUAA